GUCAUUCUGCAAAAGCUGCCCAAGAACAGGCUUUCGUCUGAAAAGCAGUGCCGUUCCUUUUUAGAAGGACUGAAUCUAAAUGUUUUCUCUGGAGACAAGAAGCCUUCAGUAUGUUGAAUUACUUUCAUUAUGUAUUUGCAGAUGCUUAUUGAUUCCACAGUAGGAAGAGUGAGAGACUGCAGCAGCUCUAAGCAGCACUACAUGUUCCAUACAUUAGCAAUACUGCUGAAACAAUGGCACAGUACAGACACAUAUUUUCAUUAAGGUCAUUUCGACGAGAUGUUUAUGACCCUCUUCCCCCAAUCCUCUAUUAACAAGUGAGCAAAAUGAAUCAAUCAAAACUGGAAAUGCUUCAACUACAUCAAGAAUUUAUCAAAUCUUUAGCAGAGGACCCACAGGAGUAUUUACAAGUGGCAAUAUGAAGAAUGCAACUGAUCAAGUAUCUUUCUAGCUGUCUGAACAACAAACUGCAAGAUAUUUUUCUAAUCAAUGAUCUUAAGACAUUAAAGAAUAAUAAAAAAAAAAAAGAAAAUGCUACCUUACUGCUGGAAUAUGACAAGUUGAAUGUUACCACCUUAAGAAAAUGGUACUUAAAAUAACCACAAACAGAAAAACAAUAAAACUGUUGAGGCCACAAAACAAAAUGGUGAAUAUUUUAAAAGGAGUUUAUACCUUCACAUACCAGAAUUGUGGAGUUACUAAUUACUGAGGAAAGUGAAGCAGGGGCUGCCAAAAUGAGAACAAAAUACAUCACCAGCAAGUUCACUGAAGCUCUAGCAAGUAUUUUCUACAUGAAAUAUUCAGGUAUUUGUAUCAAUUGAUAUGACUAAAGGAUUUUUCCAUCUGAUUUUUAUGACCAAUUAUGUAUCUUCUUCUCAUGAAAACAAGCCAAAUUAAACAGCAGAUGGCUUUUAUCAAAAGAACAUGAACUGGAUUUAUAAUAUAAAGCAAGUUAUGUGACUAAGAUAUCAUUUUAAAAUAAUGAAGACUGCUAUAGGUACAGACCUACAUUUCUAACAAGAGGAUGUCUAAGUAUAUUCUAUGCUUUCUUUUUUAUUUCUACAUGUUCUGGAAAAUGAAGAAGACACUACCACAUAUUCCAUCAAAGGAAAGCAUUACAAUCAUUUAAAGUAGUUUCUCUUGGUUGUGACUUUAAAAGCAAAAUAAACACAAAUAUUUUUUGUUUGCACUGGUUUUUAGAAAUUCAUCAGCCAACUAAAUCUCACAAUUCAUGCAGCUGAAGUGUUGGAGAGAAAAAUGAAAAAAAUCCUACAAGAUAUGAAAUAACACACCUACUUCAAUACUGUCAGGGAGAAAAGCCAACUGCUCCAAAAGAAUGUGUUUUUCUCCCAUUCUGGAAAUCAACAUGCAGUCUGAAUCUAACAUUACAGUUCGAGAUGAUAUUGAUGACAUCAACACCAAUAUGUACCAACCACUAUCAUAUCCAUUAAGCUUUCAAGUGUCUCUCACCGGAUUUCUUAUGUUAGAAAUUGUGUUGGGACUUGGCAGCAACCUCACUGUAUUGGUACUUUACUGCAUGAAAUCCAACUUAAUCAACUCUGUCAGUAACAUUAUUACAAUGAAUCUUCAUGUACUGGAUGUAAUAAUUUGUGUGGGAUGUAUUCCUCUAACUAUAGUUAUCCUUCUGCUUUCACUGGAGAGUAACACUGCUCUUAUCUGCUGUUUCCAUGAGGCCUGUGUAUCUUUUGCAAGUGUCUCAACAGCAAUCAACGUUUUUGCUAUCACUUUGGACAGAUAUGACAUCUCUGUAAAGCCUGCAAACCGAAUUCUGACAAUGGGGAGAGCUGUAAUGUUAAUGAUCUCCAUUUGGAUUUUUUCAUUUUUCUCUUUCUUGAUUCCAUUUAUUGAAGUAAACUUUUUCAGUCUUCAAAGUGGAAAUACGUGGGAGAACAAGACACUUUUAUGCGUCAGUACAAAUGAAUACUACACUGAACUGGGAAUGUAUUAUCAUCUGCUAGUACAGAUCCCCAUAUUCUUUUUCACUGUCAUAGUGAUGUUAAUCACAUAUACCAAGAUACUUCAGGCUCUUAACAUUCGAAUAGGUACAAGAUUUUCAACAGGACAGAAGAAGAAAGCAAGAAAGAAAAAGACAAUUUCUUUAACCACACAACAUGAAGCUACAGACAUGUCACAAAGCAGUGGUGGGAGAAAUGUAGUCUUUGGUGUAAGAACUUCAGUGUCUGUUAUAAUUGCCCUCCGGCGAGCUGUGAAACGACACCGCGAACGACGAGAAAGGCAAAAAAGAGUUUUCAAAAUGUCUUUAUUGAUUAUUUCUACAUUUCUUCUCUGCUGGACACCAAUUUCUGUUUUAAAUACCAUCAUUUUGUGUUUAGGACCAAGUGACCUUUUAGUAAAACUGAGGUUGUGUUUUCUAGUCAUGGCUUAUGGAACAACUAUAUCUCACCCUCUAUUAUAUGCAUUCACACGACAGAAAUUUCAAAAGGUCUUGAAAAGUAAAAUGAAAAAACGAGUUGUUUCCAUAGUGGAAGCUGAUCCCAUGCCUAAUAAUGCUGUAAUACACAACUCCUGGAUAGAGCCUAAAAGAAACAAAAAGAUCACCUUUGAAGAUAGUGAAAUAAGAGAAAAAUGUUUAGUACCUCAGGUUGUCACAGAUUAGGGAAAAGUUUAUGUUUCUCUAAAAAUACAUUUAGAAGUUUAAAAUAUAAUUUGUAAAAAAAGUCAAAGUACUGCCAAACAUAAGAAAAAAAGCAUCUAAAGUAUUGGUUCUGUUGUAAAUUUUCUAUGUAAAUGUCAAGAUUAGAUUAGGUCAUAUAUAUUCAAUUUCUUCAAUACUUAAAUGUAUUUGUUGCAUGGCAGUUUGUUAAUCUCAUGUAUAUAUUUUGUCAAUAUGUCCAACAGAAGAUAUUCAUGUAAGUCAUAUUUUCUAAAGAAAUAAAUACAUAGCCUUAAAACAGUGUAUAACUUAAAAUGCAA